AUGGAUAAAUGCUUGACUGCAUCCCUACAGGAUGGCAUGGAUAUUGCACGCAUUCAGGCACAUGCUCAGGAAUUAGAGGAACACUUGCAGCAGCGGAGAAAUGAGCAUGGGCAGGAUAGGGGUCAUAGCAAAAGAGCUAGAUCGUCGGGUUCGACGGGUGAAUUCAGAGGUGGACACAGGCAGCAGUUCCCCAGACACUCGGGCUAUUCCAUGACCAGUACACCUCCACGAUCUUCGGGCCAGAGAUUUGAUAGAUCUGCUCGUUCAGGGCCGAGUCCGAGUUAUUCAGGACCUCAAUUCAGAGAUGAUUCAGGCCAGUCAAGGCCACCGGUACCACGAUGUUCCCAGUGUGGGAAGAUGCAUUGGGGUCGAUGCCGAUCGGGUUCUGAUGUCUGCUAUUCAUGUGGUCGGCCAGGCCAUAUUAUGCGUGAGUGCCCCUCAGUUCAUGGUAGAGGUAGUACCCAGCCGUCAGGGUCAGCAGCCGGAUCUUCAGCAUCUACACGCCCUACGGGGCCAGGUUCACAUGUGCCGGCUGUCCAUGGUAGAGGCAGAGGCAGAGCUUCCACUUCUAGCGGUCCUCAGCACC